CGUUCCCCGCUCAGCGCUGGGGCUAAUGCUGGACUCGCCGCUCCUCCCCGCGGUAUGCUGCGCUGCACUCCCUAGCCCCCCCGCCCCAACAGUGGUAGGGCCCGCGGCACUGGCCGGGGCUGCGCUGCUUUGCACUGGGACGGGCUGAUGGAGCCACCUGCAGCAGCUGGUUUCAGGCUGAUCAAAGAAGAUACAGAAGGUGAUUAUGAACAAGGUUCUAAUCUGAUCAGAGAAGAAGAAACAGAAGAUGAUGUUGAACAGGGUUCCAAUCUCUUUGACGAAGAGGAAGAAUCUCAGACUGAAGAAGAUGGUGAACAGUUAGUGAAAUUGACUGAAGAUGACUUAAGCAGUAAUAGGAUCAUACCCACAAGUGGCAUUCAGGAAUGGCCAGAUGGUUCCAGUUACAAAGGGGAAUUUGGGUUUGAUUUAAAGCUUGGUUAUGGAGAAUUCUCAUGGGUCAAUGGUGAGAAGUAUGUGGGGCAGUUUUACAAGGACCAUCGGCAUGGCAAAGGGAUGUAUUUUUGGCCCGACAGUUCCAAAUUUGCCGGUUCAUUUUAUCUUAGCCAUAAAGAAGGAUAUGGGACUAUGGAAUUCAAGGAUGGCAGAAACUAUCAGGGACUGUACAAGGCCGAUGAGCGUUUUGGACCAGGAGUUCAGAGCUAUCCAGAUGGCUCUCAAGACGUUGGCUUGUGGCUCAGGAAUCACAUAAUUAAACUGUGUACUGAAAUACCUGGACAUUUUUGUCUCCUGGAUUACCCAGAACACUACAGCUAUUUUGAUGCUGAUUCCCAGAGAGAGUAUCUUUCUGAUGAGGAGAUUCCAUUUUGGGAUCUGAAUGAGGAACAGGACCCGUUUUUCUACAACUACAAACGUCUCCUUUUAGAUGACAAUUACACAUUGCCUGAAAAAAUGUACAUAUACUCAACUGAUACAGAUCACCUUCCCCUGACUCGCAUCUUCCGUAAAGAGUUUGAUUCCCAAUAUUUUCAGAACAACAAAAAGUUGUAUGAUGAAAAACCGUGGCCUAUUAAAAACACAAGCCCUUUAAUGGUUAGAAUGCAGAAGCACAUCUAUAAAUACAGGCAUUGUCAAACAGAGAUCAGUUGGGAUAUCAACGUCAUUCUGAAUGGAAGCCGAGACACCUUUGGACCCAAGGGCCCCAAAGAGCUUGCUUCGGAGCAGCUGAUUCAGAAGGCAGCAGCAGGAGACUUCAAUAGCAUUUACGAGAUUCUGAAGGACAGCUCAGCUCAUCCAGAUGUUGCUGACAUGCAUGGAUACACUGCACUUGCUGCUGCUGCUACGAAUUACCAUGAUGACAUCAUUAAUCUUCUUCUUGAUAAUGGAGCUGAUGUGAAUAAAUGCAGCGAUGAAGGAUUAUCAGCCCUAUCAAUGUGCAUUAUUCUUUAUUACCCAGUGGAAUCAUUUAAGGCUAAUAUUGCUGAGAGGAACUUUAAAAAAGAUGAGGGUGAGCAGUUGGAAGAUGGAUCUGCACAACUUCCAUUGGCAUCAGCAAAACAGACAUGCUUAACAGGCCCUGUUCAUCAGUCAGCUGUGGUACCUCCUAUGUCCGGGGAAAAGGCAGAAUCUGUUUCUGAUGAUAGAAAUGCAUUGGACGAAAUGGACCGUGCAAGUUUAGAAAAGAGGACUGGCUGCAGCACUGAAACUGACUUUGAGUCGAACCGUACUGUUUUCAACUAUGGAAUCAAGGUUUCUCUGGAAGCUUUGCAGCAGAGUGCAGAUGCCUUCAGCCAGUGUUUGUUGAGAGUACCCUCCUAUGCCUGUGUCAAUGGAUAUGGUGGGGCUGAAGGCACCGUGAGAAAAAUGGCGUUAUCAAUAUCUGAACACCAAAAAAGAUGGACCACGGUCAAACUACUUCUCCGCAGAGGUGCAGACCCCAAUGUUUGCCGGAUCCCUCUGCAUGUCCUAUUCUUUGCUGUUAAAGCUGCAGAUGUAGGAGCAGUGAAAUUACUAUUAGCAGCAGGAGCAAGGACUGACAUACGACUUCCAUCCAGGCUGGGAGGUUUAAUGCCUCUUCAUAUUGCUGUAGCCAUUCCUGGUGAAGAAGGGGUCAAGAUAACGGAAUUAAUCCUUCAUUCAGCUACAGAUCCCGAUGCAAGGGCAGAAGACGAAGAUGAUGUAUAUGCACCAGACUGGAAUGAGCCUGCUGAAUCACCAGUUGUUAUUGCCAUGAAACUUAAUAAUGAAACUGGACCUCCUAGCGAAUACUACUCAUCUUCUAGCCUUGUCCCAGAGGAAGGUGGGAGGACUCCUUUGCAUAUUGCCUGUGAAAGAGAGGAUAACCCCAAGCAUGUCAGAGAUGUUGUCCACCUCCUCUUAACUCAUAAGGCAAAUCCUAACACCUUGUGGAGUGGCCAUUCACCCCUUUCCCUGGCAAUUGCCAGUGGGAAUGAUUUGUCAGUGACAGAACUCUUAGCAUAUGGAGCCGACCCCAAUCUUCCAUUAACCAACGGUAUAGGCAGUGCCCUUUGUGCUGCUGUCAACACUACAUAUGAACAGAAGAGGACCCUAGCAAACAGGAUUUUAUUGAUUGAUAAACUAAUUGAGGCUGGUGCAGAUAUGUUGAUGCCAAUUACUCUUAGCCAAGGAAGGAGGACUGCAGUGGGAACUGUAGUAGACUAUGCAUAUUAUAAAUACUUUCAGGAUAAGAAGAUAGCACAUACUCCAUACCAUGCAUUAUUGCCGCCAGAACGAGAGAUUUUCAAUGCACGCAGGGAGCUGCUAGAGUACAUUAGUGACCGGCUUCGCAAGUGUGUUAUCUUGAAAGAGAGAGAAUGGGAUAGAGAAAAACUUUGGAAAUCCAGGAAAUUAGAUGCAAGUCCUCGUGCUCCCUCAUCUAGAAGGAAACUUGUGGACAAGCGUGCUGCAGUAACGCUACUACGGGAGGAAGUGAGGCAGCCCUUCUUUAAAUACUGCUACCAGUGUGGGCGGGCUAUAGGGAUUCGGCUCACUGUUUGCACGCGCUGUUACGAGAUCUUCACUUGCAGCAAGGCUUGUAAAGUCAAAGCCUGGAAUGAGCGUCACAAACGCGAGUGCUUAGGAGCUCCAGACGAAAAAGCAACAACAAAAAAGCCAUAUUCAACCUCAUGGAUCUUGUUUACGUCUCAAGAAAUGACAGCAGCAUGAUCAGAAAAAUGAAGUGUUGAGACUACACCUGAGAUAUGACUAAAUAAUAUCCAGGCAGUAAACAGCGGUGAAGUUACCAUUGUGUUGACUCCACUACAUGUAGCUAUGCUGGAGGAUUCUGUUGGAAAAAACAUAGACCUUCUGCUUUAUAAGUGCCAAAAAUCUAAGACUUCUGCUAAAACUUUCAGAAUGAUAAGAUUUCAGUCCAAGCUGUUCCUUGAGUCAAGAAGCUACAUGAGUGCUACAUUGUAACUGGAAUGUCAGUGAUGGAAAAAUUCUCCUAAAUCAUAUUCCUUCAAAAGCUAAGAAAUUCCGGCAUUGGCCAUCCCAAACCAUUUCUACAAAUCCCAGAUGUCCUCCUUUUAAUAAUAGCUGCUUAUCAUUUUGAAAACAAAAAUUGAAGCUUGGGUUAGGAGCAAUCAAGAUUGAGCUCAGCAGAAGUACUUUAUGAUAUUAGUGCUCUGCAUAUAUUCACUUGCUGAGUUGUUGCAAGGGAAAAGCUCCAGAUUGGCUGAGAGAGGUCUUGUGACUGCCUUGGUGAGGUGAAUAGCAGCAUUUUACAAUAGAGCUAUCACAGCUCAUCUUCUCAGAACAGCAAGACCCAUCUAGAGACCUGCCACUUGACUUUACUUAUGUAACCAAAAUGUUGAAACACAAAUGGAAAGUUGAAGAAAAAUGUCUAAUUAAAAGUGAUGGGAAAUUUUGUGCUUAGCAAAAAAAAGUUGAGGGCCUGGCAUCAAAGGCCAAUGUUAUUAGUUAGCUUCCAGUGGGAAUCACUAUAUUGAUAAAUAAUGGUAUCGGCUAUAAGAGUUAGACAUGCAGGGAGUAGCCAUCAGAUUGUGAAGACAAAAUGGUGGACUGGUACCGCGACGGCCUUGAAAAACAGAACAAGAGUAAUACGAGCUCUUUGGAAAAGAGCAGAGGAUUAAGAAAACACUUGCUCCCAACACAAUCUGCUGUAUGUAUUUUAUACAUACCUGAGGACUUUGGCACAUCUUUGGAGCAGUGUCUUUGACAAAUUCUAGUAUUUCCAAACCAUUGAAAUGGCACGUGUGGCUUGCCUGUUGCAAAGCUGGCUUUUGGCAGAUGCUUUUUUAAUGUAUUUGCUGCACCUAGUCAGAGUAUAGUGCUGACUAUUGUAGAUGUUUCUUUUUGAAGGUUUUAUUCUGCCAUGAAAAAUGCUAAAGGUAGAGUCCUGGAGACUACAUUCAGCUUGUCCGCAAGAGUGGUACUGCAUGGAUAGUUGCUGUGAAGGUGAGUUAGUCUCUGAACCCCGUCAGUGUUUGAUUGCUACUGGAAGACUGUCCUUGAAGGGUUCCAAUUUGUACAAGGUGCAGCCGUGGUUUGUGGAGAGCUAACUUAUUCCGUAUGGACUGGACUGAGACUACAAACACAUUUCACACAAGCCAACAACCCUCUGUAAAUGGGAGCAAUUUUUCAGUCAUGCCUAACUUGGCUAUAUUUCAUAUGGUGACUUGUAGAUGAAAGGCUCCAUAUGUCAUAACCAGAUCCAUGAGCAGAGCCAACCUCGAGGAUCAUUUUAAUUGUUUUUGAAGGAGCUGUAUAGAACCUGUCAUGAAGUUAUGAUAUCUGAACAUGCUGUGAUAUGGAUUAAUGGCACAUACCUAAGAUGACAUUCCUUUCGAUGGAGGAAGUGUUCACUAGGCUGGAGUGUAGAAAUCAUACAGUUAAUUGAUUAUGAACCAGUACCUCAUGCUAUAGAUCACUCUAGACAAUGGAGACUGCAAGGACUCUUAAAGAUCCCCUUAGCUCUGAUUUGCCCACAAAUUUAAUGAGUGAAAACUGGAAGUGCCAUCAGACAUAAUCCUUGCCCCGCCCCCAAGAAUUCCUGUGUGAUGGCUGUGUUUUUUCUGCAUUGAAAAAGAGUAGGAAUCUGGUGAAGAGACAACAAUGCCACUCACUGCUCAGCGGUAGAUCACUGAAAA